AUGGCCGAGAUCCCCGGGAAGGCUAAUCUGCCCCGGAAAAGUGCCUUUUCAUGUGAGGCCUGUCGAAAGCGUAAGGUGAAAUGCAAUGGUGCUAGUCCAUCAUGUUCACGGUGUGCCGCUCGAGGCGAAACUUGCGUCUAUAGCUUAGCUCCUACAUUAUCCUAUACAAAACAGUUGGAAUCCCGAGUCGCACAGCUGGAAGAGGCUCUGGCCAAGACCCGCUUGCAGCAACCGUCCGACACAGAGCUGCGGAAAACAACCUCGCCUGCAUCGACGGGCGCCGGCUCUAGUGCCAGUCCCAGCUUGCGUCAACAGACAAUAAAGGAAGAAGAAGAAGGUAGUGAACAGGAUUUAUCACAGGAUUUCGAAGGCUUGAAAGUCGAGAAUGAUGGCCGUAUCUCCUUCCAUGGCCCGACCAGUUUGUUCCAACUGCCCAGUGGCGUCCCGGAAGCGUCGUCGGUGUUCCCUCUGGGCAUGGAGAUGGGGGCUAGGAAGGAACGGUUGAUUAACAAUGCGUGGCGGGAGAGGGCAUUUGAGCAGCUGGCUGCUAUGCCGGAACCUUUCCAGUAUUUGUUGGAUUCCCACUGGUGUUGGAUCCACCCUCUAUUUAAUUUUGUCUAUCGUCCUGCCUUUACUCGUGACCUGAAAAUUAAUGGGCCCUAUUACUCUGAUAUUCUCCUGAACGCCCUCCUCUCCCACUCGGUCCGAUGGUGUAAGGCUGAACCGAAGAUCGGCCCGAUCUUGGGGUCAUUCGAUGGCGGUGCACAGUUCUUCCAACGUGCCAUCUCUGGCGUCCAUGACUCUCUGAAAGUUGGAUACGCGGGCAUCCCGACGAUUCAGACGUUGCUGCUUCUCAGUGCACAAGAAUGUGGACGGGGCAAUAGAACUCAGGCAUGGUUGUAUAGCGGGAUGGCGUUCCGAUUGCUGGACGAUUUGGGGAUCUCGAUCGACAGUCGAAAAUACUCUGGUUCCGCGCAGCUGAAUGACGAGGACAUUGAGAUCCGGAACCGUCUUUUCUGGAGUUGUUAUUUCUGGGAUAAGAUGGUUUCUUUGUACUUCGGUCGGUCUCCAACGAUGCAGCACUCGCGUGUUAGCCCACCUAGGAUGAUCUUGGACGACACUUCGGAAAUUGAAAUCUGGACACCGCAUGGUGUCAUCUUCCCCGAGGGCAUGCAAUAUCCACCGACCCAGGCGCAUUCGACAUCAUGCUUCAUGAAAAUGUGUGGGUUGGCUGAAAUUCUCAACCAAAUCCUGGUCCACAUCUACGAUCCUAUCCGCCAGAUCUCCGAGGCAGAGUUCUAUCAAUGCAUCCAGGAGCAAGCGAAGAAUCUAGCUGAUUGGUGGGAGGACCUGCCUCCUUAUCUGAAAUUGGUGCCAUCUGAUCUGCCACCGUACAGUCCUCCAAGUCAUAUGGUGAUUCUCAAUUGUCUGUAUCACACAAUUAACAUCUUACUUCACCGUCCGGUUCUUUGCUCCAAGACAACCAGAGAAUCUUAUGACCAGAGCCAUCUAAUUCAGUGUAUGUCGUCUGCGAUCGCGACUCUAUCGCUAUUUGACUUGUACCGUCGUACCUUUGGCGAUGCGCAUGUGGUUCUCUCGCUCGCCUACAGUGUCUAUACGGCUGCGUCGAUAUUUUUGUUGGAAAUUCAGGCUCUGAAAUACGCCGCACCGGGCACGUUGGAUAAGCUGAAGUACUGCAUCAAUGCUCUAGAGCGUGUCCGGACUGCCAAUCCUGUGAUCAACACGGCUCUAGGCCUCAUCUACCAAGAACUCCAGAAACUCCAGAUCGACAUCCCGGUCCCAGCCCCGACACCAACAACCCCAGACCCACAAUCCCAACCUCGGCAUCACAGCCACUCCCCUCAACCUCAAGGUCCUCACCUCCCCGCGAUGGGUCACAUCUUAAACCCCAGCGACACCGAUUCGGGUCACGUGUCCCCCGUCCACCAUCCGCACCACUCACACCAUUCAAGCCAUCCUUCUUCGUCCAUGGGCACGCCCGGAUCCACAGCAUCUGCUUCUAUGCUCCAGGGCUAUAGCUUCCCGCAACAGCAGACGGGUUUUGACCUCUCUCACCACCAAUCACACCAACCGCAUCAUCACCAUCACCACUCGUCUACGGGAGGAUUGCCGCCACUGGGGGCGACACAUUUACUGGGCGGGAUGCCGAAUGCUGUAAUGUCGCUGGAUAAUACGGGGACUUAUGAGAUUACGCCGGAGGUUUUCGAGGCGUUUUCAUAUGCGGAGCCUAUUACGACGAAUAUGCCUGGUUUUGGAUAG